CAGUCAUUCCACGGAGGCGGCUUGUAGAGUUAACCAGGAAGAAGCCGGUGCGGGAAAUAAACAGUAGUUUGUAGGGACACCGGCCGCCGGGACGAUGGAAACGGGCAGAUUGGGACUUGUGCUCGCGGUCAUGGGGCUGAUGUGUCCCGCCGCCGAGGCGCUGGACAACGGGCUGGCGCUGAAGCCCACCAUGGGCUGGCUGCACUGGGAGAGGUUCACCUGCAACACGGACUGUGACACAGACCCCACGAACUGCAUCAGCGAGCGACUCUACAUGCAGAUGGCAGAUGUGAUGGUGAAGGAGGGAUGGAAAGAGGCAGGUUAUGAGUACGUCUGCAUCGAUGACUGCUGGCCCUCCCACUCGCGCGAUGCUCAGGGCCGCCUGCAGGCAGACCCGAACAGAUUCCCAGGAGGCAUUAAGAAACUGGCCGACUAUAUCCAUUCUAAAGGUCUGAAACUUGGAAUCUAUGCAGACGUUGGGAAAAAUACGUGUGCUGGAUACCCUGGCAGUCUGGGUUACUAUGAAACAGAUGCUCAGACAUUUGCAGACUGGGAUGUGGACCUGCUUAAGUUCGAUGGAUGCUUUUUGGACAGGUCCCUGAUUGCAGAAGGCUACAUGAGUAUGUCAAAGGCACUGAACAAAACGGGGAAAAGCAUCUUGUACUCGUGUGAGUGGCCUCUGUAUGAAUGGCCCAUCAAACAGCCUAACUACACUGCCAUUCGGGAAUACUGCAAUCACUGGCGCAACUUCCAGGAUGUCUUUGACUCGUGGAGCUCCAUCAAGUCCAUCCUAGAGUGGACUGCUUCCCAUCAGAAGAUCAUUGUACCUGCAGCUGGACCCGGGGGCUGGAAUGACCCUGACAUGCUCGUCAUUGGAAACUUUGGUCUGAGUCAUGACCAGCAGCAGUCUCAAAUGGCAUUAUGGGCCAUCAUGGCGGCUCCCCUGCUCAUGUCUAAUGACCUGCGAGACAUUUGUCCUCGAUCCAAGGAGCUGCUGCAAAAUCGCAUGAUCAUAGCCAUCAAUCAGGACCCGCUGGGCCGACAGGGACUCCGCACUGCGCAGGUGAUGGACUGUGACGUCUGGGAGAGGCCUCUCUUUGGGAACCGCCUCGCCAUCGCCAUCAUGUACAAGCAAGAGCUCGGAGGGCCGCGGAGGUUUCCCAUCAGCGCCGUUCCUGGCUGGAAGAUCUGCGCUCCCCAGUGCAACGUCACCCAGAUCCUGCCCCAGUACAAAGAGCUGGGGGUUCAGUCUCACCAAAAAGAACUGGUGCUGAGCGUGAACCCUACAGGCACCACUCUGCUGACGGUCACGCCCCUCAGCGGAGACCUCAGGAAGCAGCAUUGGAACGACACGUCAGCUCAAAAGAAGCACAUUGUCCUGUAGACUGAGGGACUUCUAAAAAUGACUUUUCCUCCUUUUUUCUGCUUUUGUCGGAAAAUGUAUAAAGACCCACUUUACGAUGUUUUUACCAUGUUCUUAAGGCAUUUUUCUGAUGGACAUAUUAACAAUAAUCCAUCUUAAAGGGUAACCAAACAGGGAAUUUGGAGGCUGACUCCA